GGGCCGGCGGGGGGCGGCGGCGGCGGGGUCGGUCCCUGUCCCUGCCCGCGUCCCGCUCCCUGACGGGCUCGGUGGCCGCCGGUGACGCCGCCAGGCAGCGAUGCGGGCCCCGGGCCCUGCCGGCAGCCGGCCCCCGCCGUGAGCCAGCCGGUGGGGCUGCGCACGCCGGCCCCGCGGGGCGCAUGGAGGCUCCCGCCGCCCGCUGCGAGGUGUGAGUCCCCCGAGGACAGCGCGGCGCGGCCCCGCCAGGAGAGCGGCCCCGGGGCCCCUCAGCGGAGCCGGGAGGGGCUCGGCACUGACACCGGCAUCGCCCCCAGCGCUGGAGCCGCCGCCUCUGAGACAUGAAGAAGUUCUUCGACUCGCGCCGGGAGCAGGGCGGCUCCGGGCCCGGGUCGGGCACCAGCGGCGGCGGCGGCGGCAGCAGCGGCCCGGGCAGCGGCUACAUCGGCCGGGUCUUCAGCAUCGGCCGGCACCAGGUCACGGUGGACGAGGUGCUGGCGGAAGGUGGCUUUGCAAUAGUGUUUCUGGUGAGGACGAGCAAUGGGGUGAAGUGUGCCCUGAAGAGGAUGUACGUCAAUAACGAGUACGACCUGCAGGUCUGCAAGAGGGAGAUCCAGAUCAUGCGGGACCUGUCUGGCCACAAGAACAUCGUGGGCUACAUCGACUCCAGCAUAAACUCCGUGAGCAGCGGGGACGUGUGGGAGGUGCUGAUCCUCAUGGACUUCUGUCGGGGGGGGCAGGUGGUGAACCUGAUGAACCAGCGCCUGCAGACGGGCUUCACCGAGAGCGAGGUCCUGCAGAUCUUCUGCGACACCUGCGAGGCCGUGGCCAGGCUGCACCAGUGCAAAACACCCAUCAUCCACAGGGACCUGAAGGUUGAAAACAUCCUGCUGCACGACCGUGGCCACUACGUGCUGUGUGACUUUGGGAGUGCCACCAACAAAUUCCAGAACCCCCAGACAGAGGGGGUGAACGCCGUCGAGGAGGAGAUCAAAAAGUACACCACGUUAUCCUACAGAGCACCAGAGAUGGUCAACCUGUACAGUGGCAAACUCAUCACCACAAAAGCAGACAUCUGGGCCCUUGGCUGUCUGCUCUACAAGCUGUGCUACUUCACCCUGCCGUUUGGGGAGAGCCAGGUGGCCAUUUGUGAUGGCAACUUCACCAUUCCAGAUAACUCGCGGCACUCGCAGGACAUGCACUGCCUCAUCCGGUAUAUGCUUGAGCCAGACCCUGAUAAGAGACCUGACAUUUAUCAGGUCUCCUACUUUGCAUUCAAGCUGGCAAAGAAGGAGUGCCCAGUCCAGAACGUCCAGAACUCUCCAAUCCCUGCUAAACUCCCAGACCCGGUUAAAGCAAGUGAAGCUGCUGCAAAGAAGAGUCAACCCAAGGCCAGGCUCACAGAUCCCAUCCCCACCACAGAAACGUCCAUCGCCCCCCGGCAGAGACCGAAGGCAGGGCAGACCCAGCCCAACCCCGGGAUCCUGCCCAUCCAGCCCGCCCUGACGCCCAGGAAGAGACCCACGGCCCAGGCAGCCGUGCAGCCCCAAGUUGCAGGCCCGGCUGCCCUGGGCAGUGCCCAGCCUUCGCUCCCUGCCAGCACCCCCCAGCCCAAAGCAGCCCCCCAGCAGCCCCCGGCCCAGCCCCAGGCCAAGGCAGCGCCCGCCCCGGCACCGGCCCCGCAGGCACAGCCCCAGGUCCCCUCCACACAGCCCCAGGCCACCCCUCAGCAUCAGCAGCAGCUUUUCCUGAAGCAGCAGCUCCUGCAGCAGCAGCAGCAGCAGCAGCAACAAGCUGCCUACUACCAGCAGCAGCAGCAGCAGAUGAUGCAGGCGCAGCAGUUCCCAGUGAUGCAGCAAGGAGCACCUGCACAGCAGCAGCUCAUGCAGAACUACUACCAGCAGCAGCAGCAGCAGCAGCAGCUGAUGGCCCAGCAGGCAGCCAUGCAGCAGAAGACAGUGGCAGCAGCUCAGCAGAAACAACAAACCCCAGCACCCACCCAGCCCCAGGCCCAGCCCAGCACGGCCCAGCCGGCACAGCCACAGGAGCAGGCUCAGGCCCAGAUGAGGCAGCAGCAGCAGCAGCAGCAGCAGGCUCAGAGCACCCCCCCUGCAGCAGCCCAGGGGCAGAAGUUGGGCUCCCUGACGCCGCCGUCGUCGCCCAAGGCGCAGCGCGCGGGGCAUCGCCGCAUCCUCAGCGACGUCACCCACAGCGCCGUCUUCGGCGUCCCGGCCAGCAAGUCCACCCAGCUCCUGCAGGCAGCGGCUGCCGAGGCCAGUCUCAACAAGUCCAAAUCUGCUUCCACCACGCCCUCGGGCUCCCCGCGGACCUCUCAGCAGAACGUCUACAACCCGCCCGACGUGUCCACGUGGAACCCCUUCGAUGAUGAUAACUUCUCCAAGCUCACAGCCGAGGAGCUGCUGAACAAGGACUUUGCAAAGCUGGGUGAUGGGAAAGCUCCAGAAAAGGUGGGCAGUUCCACAGAGAACUUGAUUCCAGGUUUCCAGCCGGCUUCAUCUGCAGCCCAGGCAGACGCGUUCGGUGGCUCUUCCUUCACCGCUGGGUCAGCUGAAAAAACGAAAGACAUUCUGAGUUUGGACUCCAGCCCUCCUCUUCUGACUGUGCCUGAUCCUUUCAUUCCUCUCCCGUUAUCCGACACGCCAGAAAAACUGAUUGAGGGACUCAAAUCUCCCGAGCCUGCGCUUCUGCUCCCCGACGUCCUGCCUCUCGCUGACCCCUUCGGUAGCACCUCAGACGCUGUCAAUGGGAAGCCCGAGGUGGCCGUGGAGAGUCUGAUCCCGGGGCUGGAGGCCCCGCUGCCCCAGCGCCUCGUGUCCCAGAGCGAGUCCGUGGCCUCCAACAGAACAGACUCUCUCACUGGGGAAGACUCUCUGCUUGACUGUUCUCUGCUCUCUAACCCUGCUGCUGAUCUCCUGGAUGAGUUUGCUCCUGUAGCUUUUGCAGCUCAGCCUCACAAAGAAGAUACUAACCUGAUAUCAGGCUUUGAUGCUCCUGAGGGCUCUGAAAAAGUGACAGAAGAUGAGUUUGACCCAAUUCCAGUGUUGAUAUCCAAAAAUUCACAAGGUGUGCAGAGGGAUCCAGGCGUGUUCCCAGCGGCAGCUCUGGAGCUCUGUAAAGGAGAUGCUGGCACUGACGGACUCGCUUUGUACAAGGGCCAGUCCAAGAUGCUGGAGGUGAAAGUGCAGCACAACUCGGAGUCGGAAUAUUUAGCCAGAGAUGGCCCUUCGAGCAACAGCUCCUUCUACAGCAGUGAGGGAGAGGGGACAGACCAUGAGGGAGAUAUUCUGGAUUGCAGCGGCUCCAGGCCUUUACUGAUGGAUUCGGAAGAGGAAGAGGAGACGUGCAAGCCGUGCCCAGGGUUCCUGCAGCCUGUGCCCAGGGAGAGGCACGAGGCCUCCAAGGGAGAUCCCCACUGCCAGUCCAGAGCAGGGGAGAUGCUGUUCCCAGCCUUCCAGUCGCACUCCGGGGAGGCUUUCAACGAACCGGAUGUUUUCGCCACGGCUCCUUUCCGAAGCUCCAGGAAAGUGCCCGACGAGGGGGACGUCUUCACCAAAGCUCCUUUUCUCUCCAAGGGCAGCGCGGCUCUGCGACACCCAGAAGAAGCAGAUGUGUUUCUGAGAGCCCCUUUCACCAAGAAGAAGAGCGUGGAGGAGUUGACUUCCCAUAAGGAACCGUUCACAGCACCCGUUUUCCCGAGCCCCGGGGGCGAUGGCCGAGCUCAGCCGCGGUUCCCCAGCCUGGAGUCGGCAGCACACGGGGCCUCGCCGAGGGCUCAGUAUCCUCCUGCCGGCUUCUCUCAGCCGGGCAGUCUCCACCCCUGCUCCGGGAGAGCCGUGGAGGCCCAGGAGAACGUCCCUGCUCCAGGAGGGCUGCCGGAGCAGGGGGACGCGGCUGCUGAGAGGAGCCACGCGCUGCCCCCGGGGGACAAGCCCUUCCGUCCGCAAUCCCUGGCCAAGUAUUCCCGCCACUACAGCCCCGAGGACGGGCCGGGCCUCGAGGCCAAGCCCAUAGCUGCUUACAAGGUGGUGUCUCAGACCAACAGACAGGCCGUAGUGGGCUCUGUGUCGGUGGCCCCGCUGCCUUCCAGGACUACGGAGCUGCCCGGCGCGGAUCCCUUCGCCUCCGCGCCCUUCCCUUCCAAAGCGGGGAAGCAAAAGCCUUAAGGUGCUGGGACUGGGGGCUGUGCUUCCUGCAGGGCACCUCCUCACACAGGACCUCUGACCUCUUAGUGGAAAUGAAUGACAUAGCAAUAUAUAUGUAUAAAAUAAUGAUUAUUUUUGGGCGGAACUCUAUUUGCAGUGAUAGGUAGUUGGACCGUUCUAAGUUAUGUUAGUCUGAAUGCCUGGCUCUCAGGAUCCUCACAGCCUUCCUCACCUCCCUCCUCUCACUGUCUUCCCUCCAUUUAUUUUUUUAGAUGCUUUUCCAAACUAGUAGUGUUCCAUAUUUUCUGGUCCUGGCUAGAGAAAUGCAUUAUAAGAUGAAUUAAAAGGUUUAUUAAUUACAGAGCAAGUCAAGCAGGGCUUGCUAAUGCUCUGGAAAGGACGUGAUUUUCCCAGGUUAAAGGGCUGCUGUGACUUCCUUGCCGUCAGUGACAUUCCUGCUGCUCAGCAGUGGUGUGGCCGUGGCUCUGGGUGGGUGUUGGUGGGUGAUGUGCCCACCCAGCCAGAGCCCUGCAGAGGUGCCUGGUGCCAGCUGGUGCAGUGUGGUGGCAGCAGAGCCGUGGCUCUGCUCACCCUGCUGUGGGACACGUGGCAGCGCUGCCCGGGCUGGGGCCACACGAGGCAGGGAAGGACUCACAGUGCCUUCAGCCUCGUGAACUCCAGUGAGGCAAUCGGGCUGUUCCUGCUGCUGGAAAAUGGAAUUAUUGCUCAAACAAUCAGGCGAAGCUUUCUCUUUUACACGUGUAUUUCCUGUCUGGUCUAUGCCAAAGUGUAGGACCCGGAAAUCUGCUCAUGGUGAAGGAGAGAUGUGUAUUUACAGUAUUAAAAAUAGACCUUUGGGGGAAAUCCCUGGUGCAAACAGCUCCAUAGCUGUGCUGAUGUACCUCAUGUGGUGUGACUCGGCCCUGGUCUGUACUGGCAGAGCUUGGCUCAGAGUAAAUUCUGCCUUUUGUUUUCCUGUUGAUUAAGGAUGAACUUAAACAAAAUCCAUUCGCUCUCCUUCCGAAGUAUUAUGUUUUCUAUCCCAAUCCCAAAGAGAAGGAGAAGUGCUUGCUGUGUGACCAGUCAGGGUGGUCAGAGGAAGAAUCACCCAGGCAGGGACUGGGCAGACCCAGAGCAGGCUGUGCUCCCUCACCAGUGUAGGACAGAGAGGAGAGGGAAACCUCCCCUAUUUAUUGUGCAGAAUGCCUGGUGGCAUAAGUUGUCCUGGAUCUGCUGUUUCUGGCCUGCAGAUGCUGCCUGUGGGACUGGACUGGCUCUCAAAGACCUGGUUGUCGGGGCUCUGUGGGAUCCCAGUCCAGGCUCCCAGUCCAAGCUGGAGCCUUGUGCUGAGGGUGAAGGACACACUUUGUGUUUGGGGGUCUCCCACGAGUGGGUUUGUGCUCUUUGGGCGUUUGCAGGGGAAUUGCUGGAGCCGUGGGUUGGUCUCUGAGGUCAGGACUCUGAGGUCAGGCUGUGUAUGCAGAGCAGGUUCCUCCCUGUCCUCUUGCUGAGUGUUUGUACUCAGAGAGCAAGCCCUGUGAGUCGUGUCCCUUGGAGAGAGGGAAGGAUCAGCUGUAGCUCCUCCUGACUCGAGUCACACCUUGAGGAGCAGCAGUAUAGUUUGGAGAGGAAAAAACCCUGAGACCCCCUCCAGCACACGGCUCUGUCCGCUGUCCAGUAAGUGUUGAAAGAAUGCAGGAGGCACAGAAACGACGUGUAUAAAGACCCCUCCCUGAAUUCGAAUCCCCUCCAAGAUAUCUCCAGUUGCAGGAGGCGAGCCAGGUGUUCUGCUGGAUGUGGGGAUUGCCUGGAAGUGAGAGGGAAGUGCUUGGGCUGAGAGCCCUGGGCUGGGGAGGGAGAGUACUGGAAAGGGGGGAGGCCACGCUGGUUUGCACAAGUUCCUGGUGAACAGUGACCUGCUGAGCCCAGGUCAGGGGGAGCUUGUGGAGCUUAUAGAGCUGGGAACCUUCUGCCCUGCUCUGCUGCACUCACAGCUAAUGAGUAUUGGUGCAUAGUGGUGGUUUAGGGGCUCUCUGUCCUCCAUCACCACCUCCUGGAAACAGAAGUACUGUAAAGAAGUUUCUGGGUUUCCCUUGACACGUUUAUUCAGCAGAGCUGAGGCUGUUUGUUAUGUUUUGUUGUUUAGUUUUCUGUUUAAAUAUACACCCAAAAGGUGGUUGGCUUUGUUUUUUGUUUCAAACCUCUGUAUCCCCAAGUUGGUUGUUGCUGGAUGGGGUCAGUGAGAGGCACCGGCUGUGACAGCAAACUGUGAAUUCCAGGAGAGGGGGCGGGAGGGCCCAGAUUUGUCCCAGCACCAACCUGUGUGGCAGCCACACCGAGCCAGGAGGCUGCACUUGGCCUCGAGCUGUUCCACUCACUCAGAAGGUGCUGGAAGGGGGGCCAGGCAGUGUGGGAUGAGGCUGUGGGACAGGGAGAUGCUCUCUGCAGCGAGCGCGUGCUCAGGGUGUUCCCUCUGCUCUCUGCAUCCAGGUUCUUCCCGCCCUUCGGUUUUUUUUUACUUGAAAAAUUGCUUUUGGAUAAUUCUGUGAAGUUUCUGUCCUUGCCUCGUCCAGGUGCCACGGAGCUGAUGCUGGAGGAGUAUUAGCCUGUGCCCCUCGUGCUCAGACAAAGGGAAGGUUGCACCGAGGUGUCUGGGCUCAUUUCCAGCCCUGCUAGACUGGGUCAGGCUGAAUUUCCAGCUGGCAUUUUGGCAGCUUUUUUGUCCUUCAAGCACUUUACACAAAUUGCAGGCUGACUGUGCCCCAGAGCUCACAAUCCUGCCAGACACAUCCAGUGCUUAAAUGGUUUUAAAUCCCUUUUGGAGGUGGAGGUAGCUUGUUUGUAUCUCUGCAUGUGGCUCGUAAAGUAAUGGGACUUUUGGUUAUGGUCAGAAGACUCAAUUUCAAUGCCUGUUACUCUGAUACCCUUCUCAUUUCCAGCCUGUGUUCCUCCUAAUCCUGCACUGCCACUGCUGCAGCCUCAGUGAUGAGUUCCAAGUGGAAAUUUCAUUUCUGUAGUCUCUGAAGCUUGCUGUUGUAAUGUUAAAGCAGGGAAGAAUCAUGCUAAUUAUUUGCCACACAACCAGUGACCCUAAUGAAGUCAGACUAGUACAGCCUCGGUGCAGUGUUUUGGAAUCGGUUUUCUGAGCAGAACCCCUGGUUUCAUGUCUUUAGUAAAGCUGUGGUAAGUUGUGUUCACUGCCCUGGGCCCUCGUGCGCGGCCGGAGGGUUUCGCAGGGAUCGCUGCGACAAUCUGGGAUUCCUGCUGGGAGAGGGACUGGUUCUUGUUCUCACCCACUGAAUGCACUUCAAGACUCUUUUCAGAGUGAUUAAUCAGAGUUUUCUGUGUGAAUCGAGCGAGCAGUUGGCUUGGCUCUGUGCUCACUGCCACGACGUUGGUGCAGCACCCUGGGGGGACCUGGACCUGUGUCCUGCCUGGCUCUGCAGCCUUUCGGGCUUUGCCCGUGUCUGCCCUCCCUCCAGCCAGCUCAGUACCUUCACCCCCGGUGUUAAGUUUACAGUUCAGCCUCCUGAAGGCCAGCACACAGCCAGCCUGGGGUGCACACCCUGCCUGGAGCACAGAGGUGAUGCUGAGCUCUGACCCCCUGUGUGACACAUCCUGGAGCGCGUCCUCGCUGGGACAGCAGCAAACUGGGCGAGAGCUGCUCGUCUGCUGAACUGUCAGUCACUCCAAAGUGGGAAUCGGUUCCUUUAACUCAGCUUCCACCAAAGACUCUGUUGUUGGGGAGUUGAAUUUUUGUUGGUUUCUUUGUUUGUUUGUUUGUUUGUUUGUUUCCUCAUGGUGUUAAAUCAAGGCCUUUCAGCACACCCACAGACUCCAAAGCAUUUUUACAGUAGUGUCCUGACAGUGAAAUCUUGUUCCAGUUCUGAAACACAUUCCUGAAGCCUGAUCACAGCUGCAUUAGUGUUUCUAAAAAUAAGCCACGGCCUGUAGUUUCUGUUGUAGGUGGGUAAAUCCCCUCACACACACACCCCCUAGAAAUGCUCCCUGAGAAGCUGGAGGGAUAAUGUUGUUCCUGGUCCCCCCAAGGGAUGGGGUGGGAGGGCAGGGGCUCACUCCGGUGUAGGGUGCAGUGGGUAGAGCACCUUCCCACGGUGCAGGAGUGAAGGAAACUCCCUUGUCUCCACGUGGAGUGGGAGGGCAGAGCUGGGAGUGUCCCUGGGCCCCCUGCCUGUGACACACAAUCUGACCCGUGUCCCUCUCUGCGCUGUCUCUGAGCAGCCUCCUCAGCCUGGCACAUCAGCGGGGCCAAGUUUUGCACUCCAGGUGGGAUCAUCUGUUUCUGGUAAUCAUGAAGAAAUGUUUGACUUGUAAACUUAUGUACAUUUUAUUAAAACACUAUCUGAUGACACUA